AUGGAGAAUAUUCCUGAAAAUUCUGGCAAACAAAAGAUAGAGACAAUUACCGAGGAGACAAUUAAUUUUAUUGAUGGUCAAGAAGACGACCAUGUUGAGUUACACGAGGAAAAUGCAGAAGUAGAUGGCGGCACCCCCGGGGAAACCACUGGAGCCGCCGGUGCCUCGGAGGAGACGGCGGGGGCCGUUGGGGAGCCUGGAGAGACCACCGAGACCGAGCAGGCUCUUGGAGAGGCUAUCGAGGCUGCUGUGGCCCUUGGCGAGGCCAUCGGAGCUGCCGGAGCGUCUGAGGAGGCAACUGCGGCCUCCGGAGCUCCACAACUUCCCGAGCUACCCCGGGUUGAAGGUUUACCCUACCGCCCGUUGGAUGAGCUGAGUUUGAGGGUGUCGGAGCCUGGAGCGGCGCAGACGGCUCCGGUAGAGCCACAACGCACUCCGGAUGCGCUUUAUACGUCGUAUGAUGAAGGUUUGGGCUUGACCGCUGGAGGUCAUGGCCUGAUAUCAGCGGAUCUAAUGCAUCCAGGUGAUCUGUCAACGUCAUCGUAUUCGAUCGCCGAAACCACGAUGAUAGAUUCGAGUUCGCUGCUGAGGAUGGCAUCGGCUCCGAUGAGGAGUCGACAGUUCGAGAGCAGUAUGGAGAAGACGAAUGAGGAGCUGAAUAGUUUUAAGAGGAGGAUUGACGCAAACACUGAGGAACAGAGGGAACACGCCGACCUGAUGGCCGAUCUGCAACGGAAGAUCGAAGACUAUAGACGUCGUAUCGCGGCGAUUGAAAACCAGCAGAUAGUGUCGAAACCAGAGGAGAGUAUUACGUUUAAUAUUAAAGAGGCGACCGGCCCGGAGGAUAUUUUUGGCAGCGAUUUUAAAAUGACUCAAGAGGUGGGCUUGGACACUUCAUCCGUAAUGCUGGAAGAGGAACGGAGGAGAAAUAAUGAAUUACGACUACAAAUCGCACGUCAAAAGAUGGAGUUGGAUAUGCUCAGGCAGCAGUUCGAAAUGAAUAUUAGAGAUAAGGAUAAAGCCUUUCAAAUGAGAGAGCAGAAUCUAGCGCAGUAUCUAUCAGAAGAGCAGCAGAAAAUGCUAUCGUUAUGGGAUGAGCUGCAGCGGAUUCGCGCCGAAUUCGCCCAAUAUCGCGAGGAGACCGAACGCGAUCUGGAGUCGCAACGCAACGAGUUCGUGAGGGUAUCGAAGGGUGUUGGGGGCAUCGUGCGAAAAUUGAGUCUAAAUGCGUUUAAUGUGGUGGACGGUGGAGGCAAAGACAAUGAAUUAAUAGAAGCCCUAAAACGUUUCCAAGAGCAGAUUGCCUCACCACGCGAUCAGAAUAAAGUAUCUGAUGAGCAUGAUACACUGAUGAAAAAGUAUGAGCAAGCAAUCGAACGUAUUGUUGAGUUGGAAUCUCAUGACGAUGGCAGUUCGGCGAGACUGACCCUUCUCGAGGCUGAGUUAAAGCGUACGAAACAGAAAUUGAGCGAUAGUCAGAAUGCGCUGCGUAUUGUGCAGAAUAUGGCGAAGGAGGCAGAGGCAAAAUCGGGACAGAAAAGGAGACCGCGUCCAACGGCUCUACAACCCAACGAAGUGGUACGAAGUGUACGCUGCACACUAAGAGGUUACGAAGGUGAUUUGCAACAAUUGCAGCGAAAUUUCAAAAAUUCUGAGCUGCAGUUGGAAGAACUGAGCAGACGUUACGAGAACGUUGAAGAUAUGCGAAAACGUCUCGAGAAGCAGUUAGCGGACACGAAAAAAGAGCUG